AUGGAGAUGCUAAGAUGUGGCUUCAUUUCUUCUAAUAUUCAUUCGGUCCAGAGCAAACUACACAUCGCUCUUACAGGCAUUCCUUCUCCUCUCGCAAUUUCAGUGCGAGUUAUGAUAACAGAAACUCCAUCGGACAUGACAUACGAAACCGUCAAAGCUGAGGUUCUCCGGCGUAACUCUCCUUCAGUUGAGAGUAAAUUUCGCACACUCUUGCAGGAUAAGCAUCUCGAGGACCGAACCCCCAGUUUUUGCGACGAAUCCGAGAGUUGUCCGAUAGCUCAUAUGAGGGGACAGGCAUUUGUCAAACAAUUAUUUUUCUCGAGGAUUCCUUCUAAUGUCCACUCGAUUUUAUCUCCUAUGAUGGAACAUACGGCCCUUGAACAACUCGCCGCCUCCGCAGACAGGAUUAUGGAAUUUUCUGGUGCACCAUCAUCCGCAGAUAAUGUUGUCACUUCUUCGUCUUCCUCUCGAGAUUGUACUACUUCUGCUUUGGACGACAUACAAUCCUCCGAAAUCUUACGGGCCAUUAGAGAACUGACCCGUCAAGUUUCACACAUGUGCAGGAACCGUUCGUCUUCUAGGGAUCAUUCUGCAGCGAGGACCAGGUACCGCUCCUUCUCGGGUGCACGUGCAUUUCCUGCCCCAUCAAUCUGCUGGUACCACAGGAAAUUCAAGGACCAGGCUGACACGCGUACACAGCCCUGCUCUUAUUCUUCACGGGGAAACUAG